CAUUUUAGUUCUUGUUGGAUUCUCAAAGAGUUAGCCUGGCUUAUAAUACUAAACUAUACGAGGUCCGUUGGUCAUUCGCGUGUAACUAAUUUUGUUUUAUUUGUAUAUCUAUUGUUGUUGUUGUUUCUAACGACUACCGAGUCCCGAUCCGAUUCAUUCGCUUUUGCAUCUGUUACAGUUAUUAAUAAUUUAUUUGUUGGCUCCCUCUAAAAUAUUUGUUAGUUCAAAAACAGGAUACUACCAAUUUCAUAUCUCCUGACAUAAGGAGAGUUAAACGGUAACGGGAUUGAAUAACCGACGCGAUUUAAAAAUUUUAAGAAACAAAAAGGAUAUUUCUGCGUGACAUUUGUAUACGCUACGUAAAGCUGAACCGUGUUCUCUAAUUCCUAAAUGCAAUUCGUGUUUUCUGUGUGUGAAUUUGAAGUGCAUGUUAAGCCUUACAUUUCGAGAGGUUAUAGUUUACAUACACAUACACGCAUGGAUACCUGAUGCCGUUAUACCUACCUAGCUGUGAUGACAAAAUGUCAUGUCAUCCGUGUUGUUAGUUUACGUUACGUGCAAUAUCAUCAAUGAGCGGCGAGAGGAUCAAUUGAUCCUUAGAUUGCGUGUCGUUUGCGUGAGUGCGUGCAAUUAGUAUAGAAUAGUGCGGUUUAUGUUCCAUUGAUGAGGUGUUGUUGUGUUUUGUGUGUUGUAUGAUUUUUUUUUGUUGUUUUGAACUUCAGUUUACCGGUAUUCAAUCUUAAUUGGAUUUUUAAUCAAUCUUUUUUUGUUUUGUUUUAAAAGUAAUAUUAAUAGAGGUUAACAAAAACCAACGGUAGUGUCGAUGCGAAUUGAAAUAAAAGAAACUAUUAAGAGUAUAUUUUUCACGAGUGAAACAAAUACCUGCACAUGUGUAAUUUUUUAAACAAAUGACAAAAACAAAACAAAAUAUAGUAAAAUUAUAAGUAAACAAAAUGAUCUUGGCGAAAUAAAACCAAACACUAAAAAUAUCAUCAAGUUUAUAGUAUUGAAUCCAAGAAACAAGGAAACCCUUAAAAUCAGGCAAAACGGCGGCGACAAUAACUAACAGCAGCGCCCUCGCAAUGAGCCAGCUGGGCACCGUUUAUGCCACAAAGCGGCGUCGACGCAACGGCAAAAGUUUAAAACCCCCACCAAAAGAUGGCGUCACAAAGAGCAAUCCAUCAAAAAGACAUCGAGAACGUCUAAAUGCCGAAUUGGAUCUUCUGGCUUCAUUGCUGCCCUUCGAGCAAAAUAUUCUUAGCAAAUUAGAUCGACUGAGUAUACUAAGGCUGUCUGUUAGUUACUUAAGGACUAAAAGUUAUUUUCAAGUUGUUAUGCAUAAGGACAAAGAGGAGAAUGGUCUAAUGCCGCACAUCCAUUCACAUGAUGCGUACCGGACUCGAGAGCUUGGAGCCUUUGAGCAUGGUCUUCUCGAUGGUGAUAUGUUCCUUCAGGCACUAAAUGGAUUUCUAAUGAUCCUUACAUGUGAAGGGGAGGUUUUCUUCGCAACGCACAGCAUAGAAAGUUACUUGGGUUUCCAUCAGUCUGACAUCGUCCAUCAAUCAGUCUACGAGCUAGUUCAUUCCGAAGAUCGAGAAGAACUGCAACGCCAAUUACUAUGGAAUUCUUUUCUGCCCGCCGAUAUGUCCAGUAUGCAAUUGGCUGAUGCUUUAGCCCCUGACAAAACAGCAUUUCUUGAGCGAAGUUUUACAGUGCGCUUCCGAUGUCUACUAGACAACACUUCCGGUUUUCUGCGUCUUGAUAUACGUGGUCGAAUAAAGAUUCUGCAUGGACAAAAUCGUAAGACCGAAGAACCUCCCUUAGCACUAUUUGCUUAUUGCACUCCUUUUGGGCCACCAAGUUUGCUAGAAAUCCCUCACAAAGAGAAUAUGUUUAAGUCAAAACAUAAACUUGAUCUGUCGCUGGUUUCGAUGGAUCAAAGGGGAAAAAUGAUUUUGGGUUAUUCUGAUUCAGAGCUGAUCAACUUGGGUGGUUAUGAUUUGGUGCAUUACGAUGACCUGGCGUAUGUUGCAAGUGCUCACCAAGAAUUAUUAAAAACGGGAGCUUCUGGAAUGAUUGCUUAUCGUUAUCAGAAGAAAGAUGGCGAGUGGCAAUGGCUUCAAACAAGCUCGCGGUUGGUUUAUAAAAAUUCAAAACCGGACUUUGUGAUUUGCACUCACCGCCAACUCAUGGACGAAGAAGGUCGCGAUCUUUUGGGCAAACGAACAAUGGAUUUCAAAGUCAGUUAUUUGGAUACUGGGCUAGCGUCAACGUAUUUCUCGGAGGCUGAUCAACUGGUGGUAGCACCCAGUGGAUCACCUAAUUCUCUUCCACCGCCAGUGACACCAACGCGGCCCAAUCGACGAUAUAAAACCCAACUACGAGAUUUUCUAUCCACGUGUAGAUCGAAGCGUAAAAUGCAACAAACUUCUCCCCUUGGGCAGGUUACAUCUCCAGCUCCGGUUGUUGAAUAUAUUCCUGAUCCAGCUGUAGCUGUUGCUGCUGCUUAUUCCAAUCUCAAUCCGAUGUAUACCACUUCGCCAUAUGCGGCUGCAGCUGACAAUCUAUAUAUGAGCCCUUCGGUGCAUUCAACAAACUUCUAUCCAGUGACCGAAAACAUCUUCCAUCAAUAUCGGCUACAAGGUGUUAGUGGGUAUUACCCGGAUUAUCAUCAUCAUACAGCACCUCCCGCUUCCUAUGUUACUAAUGGUUUUCUAUCCUACGAUGGCUACACAAUUGCUCCCAAAGAAGACAAAUGGCAAGAAUCUAGUAAAUACUAUAGUGGGUACAGCAGUGGUUAUGGGAGUCCGACGUCUACACCACAGAUAUCACUGAAAACGCCAAAAUCUUCUCCCCAAGUUAUGGAGGUAGUAUCCUGCUCGUCAGAUGGUCCGUCGCCUGUCAAUCCUGCUUCAUCGAAUCCAGCCAACUCCAGCUCUAAUACUAAUGGUGUAACUCCAAAAGUUGAAAUGGCCUCACAUGACCCGUACGAACGUCAAACGGUGCUUAUGUGGGGCACAAGUGGAAGUCGUGACACAACACCCCGUUCGCCUCAGGACGCCUCUCCUACAUCAGUUGCCGCAAAUGGAAUCUAUGGCGAUGGGCAAUUGGUGAAUGGCAGCGGCGGCACUGGAAAAGAUGGCAAAAUACCAACUCCAGAAUCAUAUCAUCUCCAUCAACACCCUGCUGCCGAUGAUGCAGCCAGUAUGUACGCUCACCAUCGAAUAGCGACGGAUGGCUCGCAUAUACAAUCGCCGCAUAGUCAUUCAGCUGAGACGUUGCUACAUGUCGCACCUAAUCAGCCGGUCAAUCAUUUGUCCCACCCUCAUGCCACCUCCCAUCAACAUCAUCAUCAUAGCGCUGCCGCUGUCGUCGCUGCAACGGGUCAUCAGCAUCAGCAUCACCACCAUAUGCAACAGCAAUCCGUUGUUGGAUCCGGUUCCAAUGGCAGCGAGGUAUGGAGUCCUGCGUCCUACUCGCAAUAUUCGCAGUAUUUUACUUAUCACCAUCACCACCACCACUCCGGCACUCAGCACGCUAGCACUCAAUCAUCCAGCAGCAGCAGCAACAACAACAGCAGCAAUCCAUCGCAUCAUUAUCCUUUGCGCAGCAACAACAACCAUCACACCAGCGAUUACACGGAUGUCCAUCAUCAGCCUCAUCCAGUUCAUCACCAUCAUCCACCACUUCGCCAUCCGGACAGCAGCAACAACACCAACACCACAUCAACCGUCACCAUCAACAGCAACAGCAGCAGCAACAGCAACAUCAGCAGCAGCAACAACAACAACACCACCACCACCAGCAGCACCACCUCGCAAUCAUCGCUUCACCCAUCAUCAUCGCAGCACCACCAGCCCCACCACCCACAUCCUCUACAUCCUCAUCCUCAUCAUCCUCGUCAUGCGGCGGCGGCAGCGGUGGUGGCGGCAGCAGUGGCCACAGCAUCGGGCGGCACCAUAUCUCAAAUAUCACCGCUCACACAGCUCUCGCAUACGCAUCCAGUGCGUUCUCCGAUCAACCGGACGGGAGUCCUUUGUUGUCCUUCUCUGAGGUGACCAACACCUUACUAAAUCAGUAAAUCAAAAACCACAAGCAAUACACUAUCUUUCAAAAUAUUAAACUUCGAUCAUAGCAGAAUUUCGUUUGCCAAUAUUUAAUUAAUUAUUAUUGUAGAUACAUUUUGCUGCAUUAAAUACCUAUAUGUAUAAUUUCAAUGGCUUUCCAGUAGUAUUCAAGCUAUGCUAUCCGAACCGAUUGCCAAACUGUAAUGGACUAUCGAAUCUUCCACAUCAACAAAAAAAGAAAAAAAAAACAACCAAAACGCUAACAAUCUUUUAAGAUACAAAAAUAUCUCCAGGUAUCUUACCUACGUUUAUAGUAUAUAAAAAGUAUCUAAUAUUGCAAUAUUAUUUUCUAUCUUAUUCCCCUCAACUCUGUAUGUAUUUCCCUCUCUCUCUCUCUAUUUCUGAAUUUGUAUCGAAAAUCCAAACCACCAAACCAACAAAAUACCCUAAGAGUUUCAACUACAGUAUCUUAAAACUAUCUUUAAGUGCGUUUUUAACUAUUUUUUUUUAUAAGAAACAAAACAAAAUUAAAGAAUAUUGGUGAUUAUUUUCUUAUCUGAUUGCUAAGGAUAACAAACAUUUUAGACAACACUUCCAAGGCCACAUAAACCAAUAUUCUACUUUAUUGGUGAUAUUUGGACAGUUGCUUAUAUUUAGAUCACGACUUUUUGUCCUAAUUACAAUUUAAGUUUCAGCUCGAUAUCAAAAAGUAUAGUAGGUACGUGACUUCUUAUUUCCGCAGCUUCAAAACCAUCAAAACCAUUGACAAAAAGCUUGUUUCGAACGUUAUGGGAAAUAGCUUUGAGUUAAAGUCAAGCGAGAUUGUAUUGCAAAAAUGCAGGAGACUUCCACUUGGUUUGUUCAGAAAACAUUUAUAUUUACCCUAGAAUUUGUUAUACAAAAGUAAAAUAAGAAUUUUUAUCUGAAAACGGAAUAAAAUUCAUCUUACUUUUUAUGGCACUUGAACUCACUGAACUAAUAUUUAUUUUUGAAACGAUGACAAAAUUGCAGUUGACAAACAAUAUUAUAUCUGCUUUAUUAGCCUUAUAUCAACUGUUGGGUUAAACCGUUUGGAUUUUCAGAAAUCCACUAACCUAAUUUCUGUAAAGUAACUGAUGAGUACUUAGGAUGGUUUAGGGAACGACAAAAUCUAAUUCAAAAGACUCAACCAAGAUUUUAAUUUUUAAUUCGUUAACGAAUUUUAUUUUUCCGGUAUUUGAAAGUAACAUUUGCAUAACAAACAAAUUCAAUUUUUUGGAAACUGAAAGUUUAAAUAUUAAAUAAAAAUAUGAAUUUAAAUUUUUAGUUAACAUGUAUUUAGUUAAGAUAAUUUGUUUGGCUCUUUUGGUCUUUUUGUUUUUUGAAUGCAAAUACUUGUAGUAUAUUAGUUGGCCCAUCUACUUUCGACUUGGGCAAAUCUGAAAGUUCCAAUUGUUUGUACAAGUUUAUACCACUUUUAAAGAAAUUUUUCCAAUCACCUUUUUAUCCAUAAGCGAUUUAAAGAAAUGUAUGGUAAAAUUUGAGCAAAACAUUUUAUGGCCAAUUUUUUUAAAUUCGUUUGUACAAAUUUUUGUAUGACUUUUCACGACAUUAGCUAAAAAAAGCGAAUGUCUUGUAGUUUUAAUUCAUUUUCGCAUAUUUUGGUACCACACUAUGGAAUUUGUAUAUUCUAAAAAUGCAGAAACGCAAGUCGACUGAUCGUUUGUACAAGUUUAUAAAUACAUUUCCCAAAAUUGUUUUACAAAACAUUUUUUUUGUUAAAAUUCCAACCUAGUUCUCUAUUCAAGAUGUUGAUCGUUUCUUUUAAACCGAGUAUAUCUAUUCCAAAAUGGCGCUUUCGGAACUCCUUGAGUAUUGGACAAACUCCCAGGAAAUGAAACACAUCUUCGCGUUCUUUGCGAUUGCAUAAAUCCCACAAUAUUGGCAAUUCUGGACGGGGAGGAUGUAGUUCAAAUUGAUGAGUUCACCUCUUACUUUAAGUAACAAGCUUUUUGUGUACUGUUUUUGGCCAAGAAAUAGGUGUUCUGGUUCAAGACAUGGUUUACUUAACUGUAAUAAGAUCUGUAAAUAGAUGCUUCAGCUUCACUCAUAAACUUAUCGUACAUCAUGUUGCCGACUUUUUUCAGCAAGUCAUCAAAAUUCAAUCGAUACUUUCAUCUGCUGAUAUUGAAAAAGUAGUUGAGCAUUCAAUUGCCAGUUUCUUCCACUCUUUAACUCACAAAACUUCAGAAUUGAUAGCUUGUGUGAAUACUAUUCGCGGAAUUCUUUCGUCACCCAUCGCCAAACCUCUUGACACGUGUGUCUAAAAAGAGGGGUCCUAUUCCAAUUCCUGUUUCAAGUUGUAACAUAUAUUGGGCGUCGUACUUGGCAACUUGAAAUUAAAAGUACUUUAAAUAAAAAAAACGGAGGAACUUUUAAACAGUCUCAAACGAUCGAUACGCCCAUACUUGAGCUCUGGGAGUUUUGAUUGCAUCUAACUUGAACCUAGAAAAACAUUUACAAUCCAAAUUAUCAGAAGCAAAGCGUGUCAUGUGUUCUGUGUAGAGAAGUUGCAUUCUAAAAAAAUAGGGUUUCGCGCAUAGCUAAACACGAAGUAUUUCGAGCUACCGUAAUAGCAAUACUUGAACCUAGAAAAACAUUUACAAUCCAAUAUUGCUAUUGCGGUAGCUCGAAAUACUUUGUGUUAAGCUAUGUGCGAAACGUUAUUUCUUAGAAUGCAAUUUCUCCACACAGAACACAAAGCACGCUUUGCUUCCGAUAAUUUGGAUUGUAAAUGUUUUUCUAUAUUCAAGUUAGAUGCAUUCAAAACUCCCAGAUACUUGUAUUCCUUUACUAUUUCUAUCGAUUCCUCGUCAAACGUCCACUUCUCCCUCCUGGAAUAUCUCCCACAACCGUUUCUGAAUAUCAUCAUUUUUGAUUUAGAAAGAAUUACUUCCAGAUUCCAUGUUUUGCAAUAAAUUUGAAGCCUAUUUAUCAUUAGCUGCAUCCCGUCUAUAGUUUCAGCUAGGAAAACUAUAUCAUCCGCGAACAUCAAUCCUGAAUCAGUUAUGGCAUUUAUGUAUAAGAUAAAGAGAAGAGUGCCUAAAACGCAUAAUUGCUCAACACCCAUUGACGUACCAAACUCAUCUGAAAGAAAAUUUCCAUCCCAAACUCGUGCGACAUUUUCUUUGUACAUGGCUCUAAUGACAGAUAUAAGUUUAGAGAUUCCAUGUUUAUAAAGCUUGUAAAAAAGUGCUUCCCGGGUAAUUGAAUCGAAGUCUGCUUGAAAAUCCACAAAAAAAGUGUAAAUCUUUUUUCCUUUACUGUUAUAGAUAUCAGCAAUAUAUUUUAUUAAUGAAAAAUUUGGUCAAUUGUCGUUAGUUUUAGUUUUUCCUAAAGUGAGCUUGGAAUUCGUUUAAUAUUUGCUCAAGUUCAAGCCACUCGUUGAGUCUAUUAUAUAAUACCGAGCCAAGGAUCUUUGCUGCUGUAUUUAAAAAUGAGAUGCUCUUCAAAAUUACCUUUUUUAUGUAGCGGAAAAAUAAUUACCUUUCGAAAACUCUCGGGGACGUCAGCGACGUCGAAAAUUCUGUUGUACUCCAAAGUUAGAAGCCGUAAGAAAUCUUGUGUAAUAUUUUAAAAAUAUUCAUAUGGUAUUCUAUCUUCCCCUGGUGCUUUAUCUUUUUUUGCUUUUUCAAUAACUAUUUUUACCUAAUUUUGAGAUAUAGGCUUAUCCAGAAACUCAUCAAUUAUUAAAGGUGGUGCAUUUUGAAACGAUGGUGCUAUGUGUGAAGUUUUGAGCAAACUUGUAAAAUGGAUUUUCAAUUGUUCAAUGUGCAGUACUGUAGCCGUUGAAAUCUUUUUUCCACUCACAAGCCUAAUUGCUUCGAUGUCUUUUUUCGUCAAAAUUUAGCUUUUUGCUUUACAAAGUUUUUUGAAAUUUUUGUUCGCUGCUGCAUAGAGGAUUCUUAAAUUGAGGUUAUUGGUCCUUCUGAAAAAUUUUAAGUACGCAAAAGAUAGGUUCCUAGCUCUCAUGCAUCAUGCAAUCACUGUCAAACCACUUUUACUUAUUUGCCAAAACCUUCUUUUUUUGUCAAUUUUUUUGGGCGCUGCAUUCUUAAUAAUGUUCGUUAUCAUGUGCAUGUCUAGAUUAGCAUUCAAAGUUAUUUGGGUUUUGAGCUUUCUGUUUAGGUUUCUUUGGAAUAGCUCGGCUUUUGAAACAAGUUCUGAGACAGGUUUUAAAUUGUUUUCCGCUAGAAUUUCCUUCAUUUGGUCUACACUUAUUCCUGACAUUUCCACUAGAACUUUAGAUGGACCUCUUUUUGGAUUGUUAAAAUGAAGAGGGAAAGUUUUUUUUACGUCCUCUUUUGUUCAUAAGUAGUUAUAUUUGGCGGAUCUUUAAAUUUUGAUUGUAGUGUCUUAAAUGAUAUCUUACAGAUAUUUCAAUCCGCAGAAGCACUUUUUGAAUUUCUUUUUGAAAACAUCGACUUUUUCUUAGUUUUUCUACAAAGCUUUUCUAAGGCGAACCACUUUGACAGGUAGCAAAAUGUCAUUUGUCAAUUGAAUGUAUAAACUUGUAUACAAGUAGGUUCGAUUACCAAUCGAACUGACUUUUUAGAAUUUGCAGAUUUGAAAGUUUUUAGGAAUUUAGUUAUUAUUUUAAUUGGUCAUACAAAAUACGCUGACUGUACUAAUUUUUGUUUUAAGGUUGUAAAGAUUAUUACAAGCGAUUGCAACUCGAAAGUUGAUGGGCCAACUACAUGCUUACCAUUUUUUAUAUGUGAUUUUUACCAUAGUAACAAUUUUGUUUUCUGAUGAUAAGGCAUUAACAAAACUAGUGCUGAUAAAAUGGCAACAUUUCAAUCUUACUAAAUGUCCUUAUUUUCCAUAAAUAUUUUCAUAAAAUGUCUUUUUAGGUUUCAAAUCACUUUUCCCUUUAUUUUUGUGCACAUUUCAAAAAAAGUUUGUUACUUAUUCAUAUACAAAUAUUUUUCCAAUUUUUUCGUCACAUUUAAAAACAAACAAAACUCUGCGGAACACAUCCAAAGAAUAAAUAAUUGUCCGAUCUUUCGUUAGAAAAGGAUUUCAUUUUUGCGAUCUCUCACAUUGAAAGAAAAAAUAAUUUAAUUUGUUCCAAGAGAGAACUAAAAUUUUCAGAUCGCUAGAAAAGUAUCAAAAGUUUAAAAGAAUUUUAUUUUUUUUCGAACCGUGAGAAGAUUAAAAAGGUGUGAGAAGUUUCGACAUUUUUCGUACGAUAUCCUACAAACCCUGCGGAAUUACGUAAUUAUUUCUGACGGGUUUAUCAUACUAUUCAAACAUUGUAUGAUUUUUAAUUUCUUGAUUGCUUAAAAUGCUUAACACGAAAUUCAAAAAUAAAUCAAAAAUUGAGUUUAAUAAUUUCGGCAACAACAUAAUUUGACUUUAAUACUACUUUUUCCAACUACAUAAAACUCCUUAUAAGCAUUUAUACCGAAUUUCAAAAUAAUUUACAGUCAGUACCGUUAAUUAAUCUUGUGUUUUUUCAAACAAACGUCUAAUUAAUAAUAAGAUAAUGAAAUCGACUAUGCUAGCCUUAACUAUAUGAUAACAUUUUAUUUAACAUUUUAUUUAACAAAGCAUACAUACAGUAUAAUACAUAAGUAAAUAGAAACAAAACAUUUAUUAUUAUUUAUAAAUUUUACAAUAAAUGUACAAAUUAAUACAAAAUCAGCAGGAACGCCUUGGGCUUUCGGCUGAUUACAAAACACUUUACCAAAAGUGGUCUUCAAAUAAAUGGAAUUUCUUUAAAUUGUGUUUGUUUGUCAGCAAAUGCACUUGAUAUUUCAAAAGCAUUUGAUAGGGUUUGGCAUCAGAAUGCGUGCUUUCGGUUUUCAAGAAUCCCUCCUCCAUUGGAUUAGUAAUAAUCUUUCGAAUCGUUCAAUACAAACAAGUUGUAUUGGAUGAAUUCAAGUCUGAAAACCACAACAUGAAUGCUGGUGAAUGAAUGAAUGAAUGCCCCAGGGCUCUGUUCUAUCUCCAACACUCUUUCUCAUUUUUUGAAUGAUCUCCUGCCUGCAACUUUUAAUCUAAUACAUUGUUUCGCUGACGAUAGUACUCUUUGCUUUUCUUAUUCGUUUUCAGAUUCACAUCCCUCUUCUUCCGAUGUGGAACUGUAACGAUAAAAUAUGAUAAGCUCAUUAAAUUCCGAACUAAACAGCAUGGUACAAUGGGGAAUAAGAAACCGCGUGGAAUUUAAUACUUCAAAAUCACAAUGUUGUCUUAUAUCGUUAAGGCGAGAUAUACCCCCCUUGCCAUUAUUCAUAGAUGGCACUUGCAUCGAGGAGACUGAACAUCUCGAUAUUCUCGGUAUGUGUAUCACCAACCAACUUUUGUGGAGCGAUCUUGUAGAUAACAGCGAUGGCUGUUAUCUACAAGACUUACAUACCUCCAAAGCUUGGGUAUAACUUCCAUAUCUGGGCUGGUACUCCUGCAACUUACUUAAGCCUCUUAGACAGUAUUUAUCGUAGAACAUUUAGAUUGAUUACUGAUAUUACCAUCAUAAGAUCAUUAACGUGGCUUGAACAUCGUCGAAAUGUUCCUUGUCUCAUCCUCUUUUACCGUUAUUUUAAUGGUUUAUGCUCUAGAGAAAUAGCCAGUUGCAUUCCUCCCCUUAAACAGUGCAACCGUAAUACUCGUGCUUCUAGGUAUGCUCAUCAAUAUUACCCUCGAGCCCAACUUCGGUCGUACUGUCAAUUACAGAGAUUCGUUCUUUAGCCGUACUAUGCGAAUGCGGAAUACCUGACACACUCUGUCCUUCCCAACCAUUGUAAAGUUCAGGAAUUCAAAACCAAUGUGCACCGACACCUCCUUUCAACCCCUCUCUCCUCUUCAUAGUGCUCACACUAUGGCUACAUAAUAAGAGUAGUAUUUUCCUCUUGAGUGUGCGCUUAUUAUAAAAAAAAAUAAGUACUUCAAAAUGUUCGUAGCGGGCAACAGACUUGAGUUAAGUGAGCAAAUUUGGACGAUCUUUGUCAAACUUUUAUAUUCAGAUCACCCAUUCGGAUAUCUAGAAAAUUAGAAGUCAUGCGAAUCAAAUUGAAUCAGAGUCGAUGGGAGCCCUUAAAAUGGAUUAAUUAAUAUUUUCCUUUCAAUGUCUACCACCUUAAUUAAAUCGAAUAACAAGAACAUACAUUAUUUUAUACAUUCAAAUAUUGUAUCUCUACAUGUUUUAUAGUUUUUAUCUACAACAAUCUUUUGUUUAAAGGAUUUCCUUGGCAUUUCAGAUUAAGAAAUGAUCACCAAUAUUUUUUUGUUCUACCUAAUUAGCUCUUAAGAAUUUUAAAUCCAUUUUAACGUCGUCGUCGGUUAUACUUUGUUUUCUGUGAUACAACAAAUAAAUAGUAAUAUAAUUGCAAAUACCUAAUAAUAAUUAAAAAACAAAAACGAAUAACUAUCCACAUCAAUCAAAAGUAUAAGAAUAAAAUUUAUAAGAUUACCAUUACGAAUAUCUACAUAUAAAAAUCUAAUACACUAUCUUUAUCAGAAAAUGUUUGUUCAAUUUACAAGUAUUACAACAAAUUAAUCCUUAAUAAUUUUAAGCACAAAAAUAAUAUAAAUAACAUUUUUAAGUGAAUCCUCUAUAAAUAAUAUAAUUUAAAUAAAAUACAUAUAUUAUUGUAAUAAUACAAAACAAAAGCAAUGUUAUACAUAGAAUUAUUUUAAUUAUUUUAUAAGCAAAAAUCAUAGUUCAACCAAAGACAUUUAAAAAGAAAAAUCAUUUGAAGUGAGAGAAUAUUAUAAUCAACAUGAUACUAAGGAUGCUAUUUAAACUGGUUGAUGUACUAUUAUUAUAAGAACAAUUAUGUAGGUUGUAAACUAUAAUUUAAAAUAAGAUAUUGACAAAAUGUUUCUAUAUAAUAAUUAUUUUAAAACAACUCUUUUUAUUUUUUAAUUUAAAUUAAAUACAAUACCGAUUUAUUCGGGAAUCUAAAUAAAUCUUAUUUUUAAAACAACUUGUCCAGUCCACACUAUUUUAAAUGGAAAUAAUAUUAUAUUUAACAAAACAUAUGAUUAAAAAAUUAAUUUGUUUUAAUAAUAAUUAAUUCUUAAAAAUAUAUUAUAUUUAAAAUAUAUUUGAUCUUCUAGUCGAACUUAUUCAUAAAGUAACAAUAAAUUUUAUACUAAGAAAAAGUACAUUUUAAUUUAUUAAUGCAUUAAAUUAAAUUCUUUAUAAUUAUGAAAAUAAAUAAACAUUUUAAAUCAUAAUAUAUAUGUAGUUAAAAAUUCUACAAGCAAAAACAAAAUCGGAAUUAAAAAUUGAAUUUAUUUUAGUUUCAGAAAAUGUGCAUGCGGUACAUUUCUCAAACAUGAACAAAUUAAAUAACAAUAUGCAUGUGAAUAAUAACUAUUUAAUAUGUUUAAUCAAAAUUAUAGUCCAAUAUAAAAUUUCAAGAAUUUGUUUUCUUUUUUUAAUAAAAAUAAUUGAAAAAAAGGUAA